CCAAUCAGCGGCCGCGGAAGCGGUGCAGGUGGCGCUGCUGAUCCGGAUUGCCCCGGGUACGGGUUGGAUUUGAACCUGGUUCCGGUGCGGGACGCCUUGGGGGACCUUGAGGGAGGGGAAGGGGUUGCAUUGGCUUCCUCCUCCGAGGAGCAGGCUGGGCCUGCGGCUGCUCCGGAUUUACACCUGAUUGCAGAAGGAUCGGACCCAGGAGAACCGGUGCCUGAAGCCUCGGUGGUUCUGCCGGCGGAAAGGGACUCGUUCAUCGCUAUGGAGUCUCUUCGGGAGGAGGCCCCCUUCGAUGGACUCCUGUUCUGGGCUCCCAAGGGGGAAAGCUAUCAGGCCCAGAGCUGCCCGGGGAGCCCUUUGUUGAGACCCUUAGACCUGGCCCCCAUGGGGGGAGUGGACCUUUUCCCAGCUUUUUGUUCCCCAGGUGACCUCAGCCCCCACCUUGAAUUUGGGGAGUCCGAGCAUCAUCCAGGUGAGGAGCCUCCAAGUUCUACAGAAGAUGCUUCCCGGCUCCGAGCCGUCUUUGAUGCCCUGGAUGGAGAUGGAGAUGGCUUUGUGCGGAUAGAGGAGUUUAUCCAGUUCGCCACCAUGUAUGGAGCCGAGCAGGUGAAAGACUUGACCAAGUUUUUGGACCCUGCUGGCCUCGGAGUGAUCAGCUUUGAAGACUUCUAUCGAGGAAUCACAGCGAUCAGAAAUGGAGCGGACCCCGACAGCCAGCUGUGCACCAUGGGCUACAUGCCGGAGGAGGAGGAGUCGCCGUCCGCCUGUCCCGACGAAUUCGAUGACUUUGUCACCUUUGAGGCAAAUGAGGUGACGGACAGCGCGUACAUGGGCUCGGAGAGCACCUACAGCGAGUGCGAGACGUUCACGGACGAGGACACCAGCACCCUGGUGCACCACGAGAUGCAUGAUGAAGUAGAAACGGACAGCGCCAUCGAUUCCACGGUGCACUCGGAGUACACGGAUCCCACCGAGGAACCAGAGAGCGAAUCUCAUCCCCGCGACCUCCCCUUGAGCUCGGAUAUCAACAGUCACUCCAUCGUCACCGUCAUUAGCGGGGAGGAGCAGUUCGAGGAUUACGGGGAAGGGAACGAGGCGGAUCUCUUCUCGGACAGCUUGUGCAACGGAGAGAGCAGCUACACCAGUUCAUCCUUCCUCUCUCCCAGUCCCAAUAAGAGACUCUCGAGCAAGAAGGUCGCAAGGCACCUGCAUCAGACGGGCACCCUCACUGUGGACGUGAUGGAGGAGUCGUUCCAGAACAACGUGGAGUGCCUGGAGGAAGACAUCGCCGACAAGGUGAUCUUCCUAGAAAAAAGGGUGACGGAGCUGGAAAAAGAUACGGUCGCGAAUGGAGAGCAACACAGUCGACUGAAGCAGGAAAACCUCCAACUGGUUCACAGAGCUAAUGCCCUGGAGGAGCAGCUGAAAGAACAAGAGCUGAGAGCCGAUGAGAUCCUGAUGGAAGAAAUCCGGAAGCAGCGGGAGCUCUUGACCAAGAUGGAGCGGGAGAAGAGCAUUGCGAUUGAGAACCUGCAGGCCCGGUUACAACAACUGGACGAGGAGAAUGGUGAACUCCGGUCCUGCGUCCCGUGUCUGCGAGCCAAUAUCGAGCGGCUGGAGGAGGAGAAACAGAAACUGUUGGAUGAGAUAGAAGACCUUACGGUGCAGCUGAAUGAGGAGCUGGAAAGUAAGCGGAAGCUGGGAGACAAACUGAACCACGAGAGACACCAGUUCCAGAAGGACAAGGAAUGUACGCAGGAGCUGAUCGAAGACCUCAGGAAGCAACUGGAACACCUGCAGCUCUUCAAGCUUGAGGCGGAGCAGCGACGGGGCAGGAGCAGCAGCAUCGGCCUCCAGGAGUACAACAGUCGGACGCGGGAGACGGAGCUGGAGCAAGAGAUCAGGCGGCUCAAGCAGGAUAACCGAAACCUGAAGGAACAGAAUGAUGAACUCAACGGGCAGAUCAUAAACCUCAGCAUUCAAGGCGCCAAGAACCUCUUCUCUGCCUCCUUUUCCGAGUCUUUGGCGGCAGAAAUCAGCUCGGUCUCCAGAGAUGAGCUAAUGGAGGCUACUCAAAAGCAGAAAGAGAUCAACCUCCGACUCCAGGACUACAUCGACCGGAUCAUUGUGGCCAUAAUGGAAACCAACCCGUCCAUCUUGGAAGUCAAGUAAGAGGCCUCGGCGUCUUGGUCCUGCUGGCCCCUGGGUGCAGUGGAGUGGCUGCUCUGGAGGAGGAGGAGGUCUUUGCUUUGCGAAGAAACCGCAGGAAGCCUCACGGCGGACGGUUGGGUGAUGGAACCCCAUGGACGUGCCUGGCAGCACGGCUGACUCUGGUGGUUUUUAGGGUGGGAGGCGGAAAGGGAAUCUUCCGGAAAGGAGGCAAGUCACGGACGCAAGCAGCAUGAGUGGGGGGGGGGGGGGCAGGUGUGAACACACACACUCCCAGCACCCUGCUGCAGGAUGUAAGGGGGAUGCACAUGAGGCUGCAAUCGGAAACUUUUUUGCUGUCUUGAGCUUGCAAAGCUGGGGGUCUCUCUGCAACUGUAAGGAAUAAUUGUGUGUGUGUGGGAGGGGGGAGUUUAGGUAGGGAGAUGAAGGGAAGCAGAACUCAAAACGCCACGACUCCUUGCCUGCGCAUCUCUGCCUUUUGCCAUCCACCACCUGAACGCUCACCGAGGUGCUCGGAAGCUCGUCCCUUUUUGGAGCUGAGCUCUGCCUCAGGGGCGUGAUGUGAAACACGGUUGACUUCCUUCUCCUCUUUGAUCACUGGAAGGGGAAGAACCAUUUGGCGCUUCCUGGCUUUCAGGGACUAUUUGCACCCAGCCCCAAAAAAGUUCUUUGGCAUCUGUCGGUGUAUGGCUGAGUCUCUUCCUGGGCUCCUUUUCCGUUAGCCAGCUGCCUUAAAAUCCAUCAUAGGUGUUCUCCUACCAAGGCUGGUGGGCAGAGAACUCAGGAAGGGGGCUCUUCUGCUGGUGGGGGGCCACGGAAGACUGAUAGUACCUAGUUAGAGCCCCUGGUAGCAGCUGCUCUCCGUGGCAUGUGAAGCUGUUGGUCUGCUGGAAGACGGGCCGUGGGUGGGGAUGCUCUGCUGAUGAUACUGCAGCACUGGAGGCAGAGCUGUGCCCCCACCCUGGUUCUGCGGCAGUCUUUCCUUGCCCCCUUGGCUGCAUGCCUUCUCUUCCGGCACGGCUCAGUUCUGCUGCCUCCCAUUCGGUUGCUUGAAAGGCAGCUCCCCUGCCGGGAUAAACCCCAUGGGAGAGCAAUGGAUGGUUGCCUCGGAAGGGGGCUUGUGCCGACAUGUCCCCCCCCUUUUCCCUUCCAGCUGAACCCGAGAGCCGGUUCCGCUGACCUCGGAUCGGUUUUGUUCCCCGCUCGGAAAGAAUGAUAGAAGCUCGCCCCCAAAGUUGCCGCACCGCUUCCCCCCCCUUCGCUCCAUUUUUAAAGAAGAAGGAAAAAAAAAUGCUGGCGCCUGAAUAUUCCGGGAAGUGAUGAGGAAGAGUUUUGUAAGUCUUCCUUCUCCGUUCUCCAGGGAAGAGAUGCACUUGGAAGCAAAAAAAAAAAAAGCGUGGGCUCUGCUUCCACUGAACGGACUGGUGGUGAAUGGGGGGUGUUUUUAUAUCUGGCCUCAGCAGCUGGUUUUAAAUCCUCUUCUGUUUCCCCCGCCCUUCCUCCUUUUAAUGGCACAGGUAGGGAAAAGAAGCCCGUAGUGGAUGACAGAUCCUCUGAGGGCAGGUUUGCAUGGAAGCUUAGUGCAAACAUCACCCCUCCUAUCCCCAGGGCAGGAGAGCCCAGCAGCCAAGCACGUGGCUCUACCGUGAAGGCUGGAAACGGUGAGUCUCACCUUCUCCUUAGACUCCCUCUCUCCCCUCAUCUGUCUCUAAAGCACAGAUACAACACUCACACUGCAUCCAAUUGCAAAGAGUGUGGCGUGGUCGCUCCAGGCGAGCUGAGUCCCCUGUGUUUCUAGUCCUCAUGAGACAGGAGCAAGCGGUGGCUGCCCACUUCCUCGAGAACCGGUUGGCGUUCGAGUCCUUUAGCCUUAGGGUGUGAUGGAGCUGCACAGCCCUGUUAUUAAAUGGAAAAUGCACCAAAGGGAGCACGGACGCACCCCAUCCAGCAUCGCUGGCUUUUGCACCACGGAGUCACGUUGCGCCGGACAGGUCGCCAGGAGGGUUUUCCGACGCGUCGGCCGGCUUGCAUGAAAAUAGCUAGCUUGAAACAAUGAGAAAGUGGGAAUGAACGAAUGCUGCCGCAGUUUCAGGGAGAUCAAAUGUGAGUGUGCACUUGGGGGAGGAGGGGGACGAGGAAAAGAGGGGCACGGAAGUGAAGAGCUGCUUCUCUGCUCCCCCACUCCCAUCCGCCAAACAGUUCUCAAAGCCCGAAUUGAUCAUGCUGUUCUCUCCUCGCUCCCUUUUUGAGUCUGCAGGAAGGGCCCGCGUACUGCACAGCUCUGGAGGACCAUUUGGGUGUAAAUCAAUGUAUACUUGGAGAGGGAAAGAUUUUGUUUUCCUUUUUCUAUCUUGUAGAGUUAGGUAUUUUUUUAUAGAAUGACGGCUGAUCAAUUUUUUAAAAACUUCAAAGAAGAGAGCAAUGUAUCUGUGUAUACACACAAUAUAUAUAUAUGUAUGUAUAAUGUACAAAUCUAUAAAUAGGAGAUCUGCCUUUCUCGACUUGGGCACACGUUCUGUCCAUGACAAAGACACACACACACACGCACUCCCCUCGCCGCCUUCCGGCUGAUCACAAAGAGGUACUGUAAUGUAAAUAAAUCACAGGAGAAAAUCUACAACGACAAAAAACAAACUGAAGCACUGGCUUGCACAUGGCUUUAAUUUCCUGAGGAAAAACUGUUCUUCCCUGCUGGUAUGUGAAGGAAUUUCCCAAAAAAAGAGGCAAACGGUGUCUGUCUUAACGGGUGUACUGACUCUUGUCUGAUUAAAAGCUGUUACCGUCUCUUUGCAGGAGA